GCAGUAGCAUGGAUGUGCCAGAUUCAGAGGAAGGCGUUUACGAGCAGUAUGGUGAAGAUGUGUACUACUCAGUGGAACAAGAUACUUUUCCACAGGAAAUGGCUAGCAGACCUCCAGUUCCUGUUCCAAGACCAGAGUCCAGCUCUCCACAGCCAGACAAUGAGCUGUACAUCUCCAAAAUUUUUGCACAGAAAGCAAAAAGACCUGAGAAUCUCUACGUCCCUAGAGGAAGGGUUAAGAAAGAGACAAUAGUCAGGCCUGUAAGGGACCCAUCUCAAUCAAGCAUAUAUGAUCCAUUUGCUGGAAUGAAAACCCCAGGUCAACGGCAGCUGAUAACAUUACAAGAGCAAGUGAAAAUGGGCAUACUCACCGUUGAUGAAGCUGUACUUCAUUUUAAGGAGUGGCAACUGAACCAGAAAAAAAGAUCAGAAUCAUUCCGGUUUCAGCAGGAAAACCUGAAACGGCUGCGGGACAGCAUAACCAGGAGGCAAAUGGAGAAGCAAAAAAAAGACAAAGCUGCAGAUUUGGAAAUUACAGUACCCCUUCGACAUUCUCAUAAUAUUUUGGGGAAACCAGAAUGUGGAAUAUAUGAAUACACACCCAGGAAAAACGUUUUCCCACCAAAAAAUGAGUUAAAGCGAGGAGACUGGAAAACAGAAAGCACAUCCAGCACAACCAGUAGUGCAAGUAACCGCUCCAGCACUCGGAGCAUAUUGAGUGUCAGCAGUGGGAUGGAAGGGGACAAUGAGGACAAUGAAGUUGCAGAUACAACUAGAAGCCGCAGCCCAGUUACCCGCCAGAGAGAGAGGCUGCCUUUCCCAGAAAGGCCUCCCAGAGUGCCUCCUCGAGGUGCAAGCAGGCCUGUAAGCAGUGAAGGCUUUUAUCCUCCACCUGUGCCCCCAAGAGGUCGCUGA